UUACGAGGAUGUUUGCCUCCAGGCGCUAGUUUUUGAUGAGUUCAUCGUUGACACGAAAAAAAAAUAUACAUUGUUUUCAUUCCUAAUUUUUGAUUUAUGUUAACUUGAUUUUAUUGUCACUGCCACUGCGAGGUAUUACCAAUAAUAGAAAUACCGAUGUCCAAUACAAAACUACAAGAAGAUAAUAAUAUUCCACUAGCUGACGAUGAUCCGCAAGUUAUCAUAGUUGACGAAUCCGAAACCAAUUCCAUGUCGGAUUCCUCUAGUAUAGUGCGUGGCAGAAGUAUGGAUUCCAUACAGUCAAGUUUCACCAACGGGAGCUCCAGCCCGCAACACAAUAGUCUGGAACCCGAUUCUAGUCCUGACGAACAAGAAGAAAAGGCCCGCCUGAUAUCCCAAGUGCUCGAGCUUCAAAACACAUUAGAUGAUCUUUCUCAAAGAGUGGACAGUGUGAAGGAAGAGAAUUUGAAGCUACGAUCAGAAAAUCAAGUGCUCGGUCAGUACAUAGAAAACUUGAUGUCUGCAUCAAGUGUUUUUCAGUCGACUUCGCCAAGAAUAAAGAAGAAGUGAUUGAGUUCCCGUGUCAAGGAAACCAAUUUUUCCUUUUUUCUAUUGGCAUAUGUUUAACUUUGCACACUUAGCUUCUUGACUUGUUCGCAAUAAAAGCUGCACUAUCUAUAUGAACCAACUGUUCUGCCACUGAAAGGCACCAGCUUUUUGUCGGUCAUUGUUUAUGGUUACCGUCAGGAAGAGAUUCAACAGAUUUGUUCGAUGAUAUUCUUGAAAUUCUGUGAUUAUUUUUUCAUGAGUAAUAAAUGAUCUAACAUUUGUA